UCAAAAUAAACAACAAAAAAUGUUUUAAAUUUAGGCCAUAAACACAGUUUAGUUUAUUUUUAUGUACGUCCCGAAGCUAUACUGUAUGUUCACGCAUUUUAACGAAAAAGUAUGGAGCUGUUUUUGUCGAAGAAUCCGCUCUUGGUACAAGUAAAGCCAUUCCGUUUUGUAGGAUUCUAUAAACAGAUUUUCAAGUUGGAACUCCACUUUCCACAAUUUCCAAACACCGAGAACCAUCGUACCAGGAUAUUUCGCGGAAGCUCCGAGAUAAACGCUUGUUCAAAUCUUUCAUCGAUCGUCGAAGUAGAUGCUUUUGUCGUAGCACUUUUCGAAUCAUUGGAUCAACUUUUAUCCAAACAUAACUCCAUUGCUAACUCUCCCACGCAACAAGAAUCAGUCUGUUUGUCGAACGUGGCAUUGCAAAUAUUAUCGAUACAACAAGAUUACGGUUUGAAUGUUUCAUUUGAUAAGAACCUUACGCGAAUAGAAAUUACUGGGUUCGAUGCUGCUAACACGCACUCUCUCGCCCUUCAACGCACAGUAGAGGAGCAGUUUAAAGUGAUAAACUAUACGCUUCCUGAACUGGCCGUUACGGAAAUUUUUAAACGACAAACUACCAUCCACCGCCAUGUGCAAGUGUUUAUGGAUAUGCUUGAUCAACUGGAGGAAUUUUACAACAACCUUAACACGAUCGAUGAGCUUUGCUACGUCGUACUCCCUAUGCGCAUCGAUACAAAGACAACGUAUAGGGUGUUCAAGUACAAUCAGAAGGUAUUUUUAAAAAUAUCCCUUCAUCCUCUACAGCCAGAAGCUGUGGACUUAGUAUUUAUUGGUCCCACGAAGCAAGUUGCAGAUCUUCGGGAAAUAUAUAACGAAAAGCAAGACGAGUGGGACCCGGAGUGCAAUGUCUAUACAAACCUGCUGCGCAUCUUCGACAUUAUUGCUUUUCCUAUGCGACCUACCGAUCAAGUAGACGAUGGCACGAAUAACGAAGAAAACUGUGGCAUCUGCAUGGGCUAUCGGGAUGACCAAAAUCGCAUUCCCAUCAUAUCGUGUGACAAUGAUAAAUGUUCAUCUAUAUUUCAUAUAGACUGUUUGAAAGAGUGGUUUUCGACGCAGCGAGAAAGUAAACAGUUUUUUACCAUUUCCAUUGGUCACUGCCCGUACUGCAAGCAUAAGAUUUCAUCUAGUUUUGAAGGCAUGAUUACUCUGUCCGCUUGAAAAUAAAAAAUAAUAAGUUAACACAGGUUUGGCAUGAAUUUUA